UUGGAUGCAAUAACUGAGGUGGCGCUGAAGUCAGUUUCUAUUCGGCCUAAUUUUCGAUGAAACGUUGACUGUUUUACCGACGCGGAAUUCGGAGUUGGGCCUCCACGCUAGCAUCACCUUAAAAACAAAGAUGCUGGCAAAGAAUCAACUUCGAAGAUUACGUUGUUCCGUUUAAUUUUCUCUAUAAAGGUCAUCUAAAUGACAGAAGUAAACGAAAAAUUAGUGAAAGAAGAAGUAGAUGAGGACAACUUGUGCAGCGAUGCUGCUGCACGGUUGACUUUUGAAAUUGCCCUGGAAAUUGCGAAAACGUCGUGCAGUUAUGCAGAGGGAGAAUUUAUAAAAAAAUGCUUGUUAAUUGCAGCCGGACAAUUAUGUCCACAGCAAGUCCGAACUUUCGAAACGAUAAAUCUGUCUAAUAAAAUAAUAAAACGUUGCAUUGAUUUAAUGGUGUGCAACGUUAAGAAGCAAAUACAGAUAAUAUGUACAUCUUUUAUAACAUACUCAUUAGCAGUUAAUCAGUAUAUAUGUUUAUCUGGUAUACCCUAUAUAGCAAUUUUCAUUCGUGGAGUAAAUAGUAACUUACAUGUUACAGAAGAGCUAUUAGAUUUAGUGCCAGUAGAUGAUAUGAUUGCAGAGAACAUUUUAUCUUGUGUAAAUAAGACAUUACAAAAUAAUGAUUUAAAAUGGGAAAGACUUGUUUCAAUAACAACCAAUGGAUCCUCUAUGAUGACUGAGGAUAAAAUUGGUUUUAUGAGUCUUGUGAAUGGAAAGAUGAGAGAAAUAGGCAGUUCUAAUAAUGUAAUUGCUGUACAUAGUCUAAUGCUCAUGCAUAAUCUAUGUGUAAAAAGUGAUGUAAUAUUGAAUGUUAUGUCCACCAUUGUAAAUGUUGUAUGUUAUAUUAGAAAUCAUGAAAUAAAGUUACAAGAAUUCCAUGCACUUGUGGAAGAACUAGAUUCAGACUAUGAGUCUAGUAGGGUAAUAGAAUUGUCUAAUUACACUGAAGUGGAAUGGUUAAACCGUGGAACUGUAUUGGAAAAAUUUUUUAAUAUACAUGAAAUAAUAAGAGACUUCAUGGAAUUAACUGGACAAUCUGUACCACAAUUGAAGGAUACCCAAUGGCUAAUUGAUUUAGCAUUCCUGGCUGAUUUAGCAACUCAUUUAAAUAAUCUAAAUCUAUUGCUGCAAGAAGAAGGACAAAUUAUAGUGCAAUUGUAUGAUAGUAUUCGUGCAUUUCAAAUGAAAAUACAAUUAUGGAUAAAACAGUUGCAAAUGGGAAAUCCUUAUCAUUUUCCAAAAUUAAAAUUAGCACCGCUUACUGAGGACUGUGUUAAAAGACUGUGCACAAUUUUACAAAUACUCCUGGAAGAAAUUGAAACCAGGUUCAAGGACAUACAAGAUUUAGAUACAAGUUUUAAUAUAUAUACAAUGCCUUUUACAGUCAAUGUGAAUACAGUUCCAUCAGAACUACUGUUAGAAUUACUUGAUAUGCGAUGCGAUCGAAAAGUAAAAGUAAAAGGAGGUUCUUUAAUAGAAUUUUAUGAAAAUUUUUCUUAUAUACGAUUUCCACAAUUACAUAAUCUUGCGGCUAGAACAUUAUGCAUGUUUGGAUCGACACGUUUUUGUGAGCAACUGAUUUUAAACAUGAAAAAGAUUAAAUCAGCUUACAGAACAGGGAUAAUUGGUUAUGAUUAUAUUUUCAAGUGUUCAUUAAUAUUAAAUUCGUGUCGAAAGAUUCGUCCAAAUAUUAACCAAUUAUUGAGAGAAAGAAAAUUAUAGGAGACUAUCAGUCAUUUAAAAUUAUAUUUGCCUUAUUUCGAGAACGAACUUUUUCUUUGAUGUAUUUAUCAGUUUUAUAACAUGUAUUAUUUAUUUUUUCUAUUAACUUAUUGUUAGUAUUGUCUGAUGUAUAUAUGUACAAUCAUGUUUGUUGCAUUCAGUUACAUAUAUAUAUAUAUAUUUGUUAGUUCCUAAACUUGUACAUACAUAUAUUGCAAGUAAUAUCACGUUCAGAUCAUCACAACUAUACUCAUCUACAAAAAGGAACCCAUUAACAUAUUGUAAAUAAUGUAUUAUACGCAAUCAUUUGUUAUGAACUAUACAAACGUAUACGUCUCGUUUAUUAUACCUGUAAAUAAAUACUAAUAUUAACAAAACGCCCAUAAGAGCGGCAAUUGUACAAGCCGGAUAUACGGUAACUUAUACUUAAUAGUUUUUUUAUACAUCUUUUGUAGUUUAUCAAUGAUCAAGGUGCUAAGAUUUACUGAUCUAUAGUGUUCAUUAAAUAUAAGAGAUAAUUGUAAACGCAGAAGUAUAAAAAUAUGUUUUAUUCCUCACACAACUUUACAUGAACAGUUGCCAGCAGGCAAGAUUAAAUAUAAUGAACGAUUUGAUAUCAAUUUAUCAUAUCAAGUACACGCUUUUGUAAAUAAUCUCACUUAAGAAGAAGUGAGCGAGCAUAGAGCGAUUAAUUCGUACAAAGCGUUAUAUUAAAAGCGGUAGAGGUAGUUGCAAGAAUAAAUGGGUUUUCCACCGCAGCAUUGAAAACCGAGUAUUAUCAUCGUAUCUAUAUUUAAUAUUUUCAUCGUGCGCGACAGAAGGCACGUGCAAAAAAUUUAUGAAUUGAUUGUAUUUCGUGAAAAUAGAAAUUUUGUCGUAACAGACGAUUCUAAUUUACAAGCUACACGCGAAAGGCAUUUUAAUGUAUAAUACGCUAAAGAUAGAAAUUGAAACCCUGUACAUUUGAUAUGCUUUUGAAAAAGAUGAAUACUAAUAAAUAGAGAAAAGAAAAUGAUGUCGAACUAGAAUGAAUUGUAAUAAAUUAAUAUAGCA